CAUAUGAUCGAGCGCCAAGGCUGCUCUUCAUAAUAUUAUUAUCUAAUCGGCGCUCCGGUGCUCUCUCGCGCUCAUAAUUUUAUCGGCGUUCGCAUUGUUUGGUCGAACGCUUAAUUAAUCACAACUCACGCACAAGUGCGGCAUUAAUACUCGCCUGCUUGCGGUGACAACCAACACACUAUCGAAGCGAACCAAAUCCCAGUGCUUCAUUGAUAUCCCUGCGAGUAAGAAAAUGAGCGCCAACCCUGAAUUAGCGGGGGCAGUAGUGGAGGCGGUGGAAGCGGCAGGAGUUGUGCAACUCGGCGAAGGCCCACAUUGGGUGGAUUCCGAGCAGGCCCUCUACUGGGUCGACCUGCUGGCGGGCGUCCUGCACCGACUGCACCCUUCCACCGGCAAGCACACUUCCACCACCCCUCCAGGGUCGCGGCCCAUGGGCUUCGUGGUGCCCGUUUUCCGCGAGCCCGGACACUUUGUCGUCGGACACGGCACCGACCUGUCUCUGCUCAGUUGGGACGGGCAGACGCAGUGCAAAAUCGUCAAAGUCCUCGGCUCAGUGGCUGCCACCCCCGGCACCCUCAGGUUCAACGACGGCAAAGCUGAUCCACAAGGUCGACUUUGGGCAGGAACGAUGAGCACCGUCAUCGACAAGGGUAACGAGGCGCAGCCAGAAAUCGGAGCCCUUUACAGUUUGGAGAACAACGGUGCCAAAAAACACGUCGACUACGUCGGCAUCAGCAACGGCCUGGCGUGGCGGGACGCCCUAAUGUACUACAUCGACUCAACGGCCGAGAGGGUGGACGCCUUCGACCUCGAGCCGGCCAGUGGACACCUCAGUGAGCGCAGGUGCAUCUUCGACUUCAAGAAAAACAACAUCAAGGGUGUCCCCGAUGGAAUGACGAUUGACAGCAUCGGAAAUUUAUGGAUUGCUUGUUUUGGAGGAAACCAGGUAAUUUGUAUUGAUCCCGAGCGAGGACAACUUUUGCGAAAAGUGCCGAUUCCCGCCUCCCAAGUGACCUCGGUCUGCUGGGGCGGACGCUUGCUCGAUGAACUUUUUGUGACCACGGCCGGCGUAAAAUCGGAGGCGGGCAAGUCGGAAGCGGGACGCCUCUAUCGGGUCACAGGGCUCGGCGCCAACGGACUCCUUAACGACCAGGUCCGCCUUCCAGCCCGCUAGUGACUAAAUAUAUAUUAUAUUUGUAAUAAAUGUUAGACAUUCACGCUCUUCCUAUGUAAUUGUCAAUAAAAAAAAAAGACUUUUCUGUAUCAAAAGACUUCUUUAAGAUC